UCUCUCUGAUAAUAUAUUUCUCAUACGAAGAAAAAUGAAGAGCAGGAACAGAAACUUGGCCACCCUGAGUUUGAUGAUAAUUACGGUUUUGUCAUGGACGAAGAUUGUGGCUGGACAAGAAGCACUAUUAGGAAAGAAAGUAUUGCCGUUGUGCCACAGAGAAUGUAUGCCAAUAUGCAUGAAAGUGACAGAAGCAACGCAAGAAAUUUGUGAGGGGGCAUGCCAAGCUGGUUGUGUCCAGCUUCAAGGUCGAGGCACCGGACUUUCAGCCACUGAUCAAGGAGUCGAUAUGGUCAUUGCAUAGAGAAAUAUUUAAUAUAUUUUUCACCGGGAAAAACAAGAUUUUGUAUUACCAUAUUGUAGUUGUCUUUUAUAUUUAACAGAUUGUAAA